ACUAACUCAGCCACAGUGCUCAAUUCAUACGCAACACUACGCUGACCGGAACUUUACCGGCGGCGUUUGAUGCUCUUGGUUCUUGGACUUAUAGAGUCUUGUAUACAUUGAGGUCGAAAUUGAAGUUCACAUCGAGUUGAUUUUUUGUUCUUCUUGUGCAUCUCACGGACAAGUGAUGAAGCCAAUUAGGCUACCAGAACCUCCAAACAGUCCAAUCGCCAGUGCCGGCCUCCCAGACAUCUUCGCAGAUGGUGCUUACGGCGUGAUCAGGCGAGCCGUUGUCAUCGGCAACGGUUUUCCGGCUUCUGAGAAUCAAAGCCUCGGAUUGGUUCGCGCUCUGGGGUUUUCCGAGAAGCAAACAUUGUAUCGAGUUACAAGGCCCAGAGGAGGUGUUAAUGAAUGGCUUCACUGGCUUCCAGUUUCUCUCCACAAAUAUAUAUAUUACAUCAUCUGUAAGAUAUAUGGUUAUUCACAAUUUAUUUUAUCAGGUAGAGGCAAGAAAAUAUUGUCUCUGCGAGCAGAAAAUGGUAGCUGCAAUGACUUAUCAUCCAUCUUAGAAGCUGACAUAAGACAGAUAGUAAACAUCGCUCGGAGUACCUUUGAGAAGGAUGGUCCCUUAUUGGUUGUUGCAUCUGGAAGAGAUACCUUAUCUACUGCCAGUGCCAUAAAGAGACUAGCAUCUGAGAAUGUUUUUGUUAUCCAGAUUCAGCAUCCAAGAUCCUAUUUGGAUAGGUUUGAUAUGGUCAUUACUCCUCAUCAUGACUAUUAUCCUUUGACUCCACAAGCACAAAAGCAAGUCCCCAAAUUUCUCAAGAGGUGGAUUACUCCAUGUGAUCCGCCUGAUAGCCAUGUGGUGCUCACUUUGGGAGCUCUUCAUCAAAUUGAUUCAACUGCUCUUAGAAACUCAGCCAUCACCUGGCAUGAUGAGUUUGCCCCCAUUCCAAAACCCCUUCUUGUUGUUAAUAUUGGAGGACCUACAGGUAGGUGUCGAUACGGUGUGGACCUUGCAAAGCAGUUAUGUGUCUCUUUGCACAAAGUUCUAGCCAGUUGUGGAAAUGUUCGAAUAUCCUUCUCGCGAAGGACACCUGAUAAAAUAUCCAGUUUCAUAGUGAAGGAGCUCAGAAAUCAUCCAAAAGUCUACAUAUGGGAUGGCCAAGGCCCAAACCCACACAUGGGUCAUCUAGCUUGGGCGGAUGCCUUUGUCAUUACUGCAGAUUCAGUCAGCAUGCUUAGUGAAGCCUGCAGCACUGGGAAACCUGUUUACGUGGUUGGGGCUGAACGAUGUAAAUGGAAGUUUGUGGAGUUCCACAAGUCUUUGCAUGACCGAGGUCUAGUUCGACCUUUUACUGGUCUUGAGGAUAUGUCUGAAAGCUGGAGUUACCCUCCACUAAAUGAUACUGCGGAUGCAGCCAAGAAGGUGCAUGAAACAUUGGCCAAACAUGGAUGGAAGAUACACCCGUAAGUUUUUCUUGCACAAUUUACCCUUUUUUUUAAAUACGGAUUGCGCAAGUGAGAAGAAUACUUGUCAAAACAUUGCGAUUGAUUCCUCUAAUAGUAUAAUUAUGUAAAAAAUAAAAGGGACCAUAGGUUUGUAAAUGGAACAUGUAUAUUAGGUAUAAUGUAAAAGAAUGAGAGAGCUAUUUGAAGAAAUUUUCCUGAAAUUUUU